GAGAGUAUGAUCUGGGUCGAUGAGAUCAGCUGCAUCGGCUGCAAGUUUUGCGCCACGGUCGCGCGCAGCACGUUCAGCAUGGCGCGCGGGACGGGCACCGCCCGGGCCGUGCAGCAGGGCGGCGACCACCCCGAGGUUGUGGAGGAGGCGAUCUCGUCGUGCCCGGCGGACUGCAUCCACAGGUGCUCGCGCGCCGAGCUGGAGGUGCUCGAGGAGCACCGC